CGGAGAGUAUAAAAGCGCAGCAUCAGCAGCAGAUCCUCAGAGCAGCGGACUACCUACCGGACUCCAGAUCCAGGACUAACACAGCACAGGAUCUUUCCUCUCCUAACACACACCUGUCUGCAUCUACCGCACACACAAAUACUAAUAACAUGCUUCUGGAGCGCGGGGACAGCUUCAUGUCGGAGUUUGAGGACGCGUGCAGCGCCUGGGUGGACAGUGUGGGCUCGAGCCCCAGCGACGGAGCCGAGUCUGACGUGGGCUCACCUUUCUGCCAAGUCUUCUCUCCGGGAACUGACGCCUCUGACUCAGAUUUCUUCUCCGACUUCAGUGACUGCUCCUCGGACACGCUCUCCCCGUCCCUCGGCUACACCGGCAGCUUUUUCACGGAGCCGGACUCGGUCCCGGCAGCAGGAUCCGGAGCGGGAGCAGCGGGGCUUAGCAGCACCGCAGACGCCAUCCUCAACAUGAUCACAGAGAUCGUCGGGAUCUGCACCGAGAUGGAGCAGCAGGGCGACACCGGCUCCGUCCGGGAGCCAAGCCCGUCCUCCGCUGCGCCCUCCCCGGCCGCGGCCGCCCCCUUACCCCCGCUGUUCGCUCCCUCCUCCGAGCUGAACCCCCCUCCCCUGGCCGCAGCCCCGCAGCUGCCCCCCGCAUCUGUCUCCCACCCUGUGGUGGUGAAGAGCGAGUUUGUGAGCUCCAGCUGCAGCAGCGGGUGUGGACUAUCCUCAGUGGCCGGGAAUGAUGCUCUGUACCCGGGCAGCGCAGAGACUCUCCUCCCGCUGGCCGCCCUGGAGCAGCAGGUGGACGUGGCGGAGUUCAUCGACUCUCUGUUGAGCUCCGAGGCCGGCCAGAGCGAGCCGAAGCCCGGCUUCGAGGUGAAGCAGGAGCCGCUGGGGCUGGAGGACUGGCUGAGGGGGUUAACGGCUGCACCGGUGACCGGGGGAGAUCCCGGUAGCUACGUCAUCAGCAGGCCGGUUAAGACGGAGCUCGUAGAGAGCGGGAUCAGCCCCCACCUCCCCAACGCCCCCCUCCCCCUCCCCUCCACCCUGGACGCGCAGCUGCUCUCCACGCUCCUGCAGGGCGCGUUCCCGAUAGUUAACAUCAGCAACGUGCACGCGCAGCAGGGAGCCCCCAAAGUGUCCCGCGGGGGCCGGAGAGCUCCCGCCAAGCCCGGGCUGAAGGUGAAGCCGUUCCCGUGCUCGGUGCAGGGCUGCGAGCGCCGCUUCUCGCGCUCCGACGAACUCAACAGGCACGUGCGCAUCCACACGGGCCAGAAGCCCUUCCAGUGCACCAUCUGCGCGCGCAGCUUCAGCCGCAGCGACCACCUGACCACGCACACGCGCACGCACACCGGGGAGAAGCCCUUCUCGUGCGACGUGUGCGGCAAGCGGUUCGCGCGCAGCGACGAGAGGAAGAGGCACGGGCGCGUGCACGUCAAGCAGCAGCUCCGCGCGCAGAUGAUGGCCGCCUACUCCCUGGCCCUGAACGCGCCCGGAGUCUAAAAUGCACGCUCCCGUGUGAUUUGAGUUGAAGUUGAUCGAAGAUUCUGGAUUUGAACCGUCAACCGGAAACGCGUCAGAGACGUCUCCAUGUGACGUCACACUGAAGAAGUUGACAGGUGUCCAGGGGACGUUACGUCCAAACACCUGGCUCCUCUCAUGGCGCAUGCGUGAGGUGACAGUCCGCUGCAGGAGGGUUCAGAGAGAAGGGGGUCCGGUCUGAUCCGGACCAACUGGUCCCCCUGCGGGACCGCACGGUGCUCUGAACUGUUUAUUUAAGGACAGUCCGUCUAAUCAGCUGGUCUUGUAUCAUAUUUAUAUUUUUCUGCAUGAGGACGUGACGUCAGAAUGUCGUGAUGCUGUUUCUGAUAUUUUUAUGUGAAUCUUUAUAUUUGACAUCAUGUUUGUAACAUAUCUCUAUUUUUAUAUCUGGUCGUCUACCUCCGUGUCUGUUUACACUGUAAAUAUCUAAAGUUAUAUUUAUUAGAAGCCAGAUUUCUAUGGCGGGAACAUUCAUGUGAAGAUGUCACUUUUCUAUGAUGAUUGUAAAUCCUCCGGAUGAACUCUGGGUGGAGUUGGGCCCUGGUGCAUUGUGGGAUAUGUUUGACUCACCUGGCUGUGCAGGUUGAUGUUCUCUCGUUCUGCAUGAAGCUGCUGCCGCUGCUGUCAAUAAACAAACA